CGAUAUUUUUUUUUGCAUGCCGAAUGGCGGGUCGCGACACUACGGGCGAUGUCUGGUUAUAUUUCGAGUAGAACGCAAUAAUACAACCCCCACCAUCAUAGGAAGGGAGCGGAGAGGAGGAAAGCUAUCAGAAAGCAUCAGCGAGAGCGGGAGAGAGAGUGAGAGUGAGGAGAGAGCGUCGUCGCUGGAACAACGCUCAAUGCGCGCCGUUUUGUUAUUGUUUGUUCAGCAGCAAUCGGUACGACACGGCAUCAUAUCAUCUACAAUAUUUUGCACCCAUUGGGCGAUAAUUAACUAGGAAGGGACGCUGGCUUACAUCUCUGGACACUGGACCACAUCUACACUGAGACACCACGCACUUCCGAUCACUUGGCCAGCGGCUGAUUGAAUACAUAUUUCGUUGAAGCCGCACGAAGGCAAGACAAGGCAAGGGAAGCAGCAUAACCAUGCUAUCGACUGUCUUGAACUUUGCCCAGCGUGUCGCUGAGAUUUCUUUGCUCGGCGGCAUAGAGAUUGCAUCAGUUGCACUCAUCGUCUACUAUGUGUUUGCGAAAACGAGGGCACCCAUCAUUAUUGCCAACUUGUUUCCCAAUUUGAAUCUGAGCUAUCGCACGUCUUUGGGGAAGAUCAACACCAUUCGCAGCGAUCUUUUGGUAACGCUGCGUUCAACGAAUGAGCCAACAGUGCAAAGCUCCGUCGCACAUGGCAUUGGCACCCAGAACAUGCUGGAGCUGACGCCGCAUGCGGGCUAUAAACCGUUUAAAGGAUACUUUGAUUGGGGCGUGAUCUUCCCCUAUGUCGCACAGGUAUUUCGCAGCGAGAAGUUCGAAUACCGACAGGUUACCGAAAUUGUUCACAAUGAUCCGGCACUCAAACAUGCCAUUAAACAAGCCGCCGAACAAGCGCUGCGAGAACAACUCUAUGCCCAAAACGGUCAUCGACUUCUCACGCGUAGCGUUAGCGCUGAUCAGGCGGUAGAGGAGGAGGAUGAGAGCAAGGGUAUAUCCUACCAUGCGAUUUUGCGCAAGCAGGAGCAACGUGCCAUCAGCAUACUGAAGGAAAUGGGCUCAAAACUAAAUAAUGGCCUGCUUGCAUUUACAUCUUGGAUCCUCUACAAGCUGUUGCCAUGCUUCCUGACCGGCGUCGUGACGAACACCAAACAGAUUGAAAUGCUUAAAACUGCAUCGAAGCGGUCGCCCGGCACACCAUUGAUAUUUGUGCCCCUUCAUCGCAGUCACUUGGACUACAUCAUGGUGACCUUUAUACUGACCAACAACGAUAUACGCAGCCCUCUGGUUGCCGCUGGAAAUAACCUGCAGAUUCCCGUCUUCGGUGGAUUGCUUCGUGGUCUUGGGGCCUUUUUCAUUAAGCGCAAAAUCGAUCCCGUGGAGGGCAAGAAGGAUGUUUUGUACCGCGCGGCGCUCCACCUAUACCUGACCCAUGCUUUGAAGCAGGGGCACAAUGUUGAGUUCUUUAUCGAGGGCGGACGAACGCGCACUGGCAAGCCGUGCAUGCCGAAGGGCGGCAUCCUCUCUGUGAUUGUGAAUGCCUUCAUGGACGGCAGCAUUCCAGAUGCUCUCCUAGUGCCCGUUUCGGUCAACUAUGAACGCCUCGUCGAUGGCAACUUUGUGCGAGAGCAGAAGGGUGAGAAGAAGAUACCCGAGUCCUUCAAAAAUGCCAUUUCGGGCAUCUGGAAGGCACUCAACUCCAAGUACGGCCGGAUGCGCAUUGACUUUAAUGAACCAUACUCGAUACGCGAGCUGGUCAAUUCGUUCAACCAAAUCGCCCGCGAAGAUGGCAUUGCCAAGAUCUACAAGCCCGCAGCCAGACCGCUGCAACAUAACCAAUCGACGUCCUCACUGUACGGCACCGAUGUGGUGUGCGAAGAGCAUCGAAAUCUCAUUGAAAGCAUCUCGCGGCAGGUAGUCUUCGACUGUGCAGCUGCCACAUCUGUGAUGUCCACGAACGCGCUGGCCUUUCUGCUCCUCACGCGAUAUCGCCAGGGUGCCGAGGAACAGCUGCUGGCCGCAGCCUUGGAUGAAUUGCGAAACUCAUUGUCUGGCUGCAAGGAUAUUGGGUUCGCAGGCGAAUCCUCACAUGUGUUGGAAUAUGCCUGCGAGCUGCUUGGCACAGGUCUGGUUACCCGCACACGCAACGAGAAUGGUCGCAUGUUCAUUCGUGCGGUCGACUCGGUGGAGAGCUUUAUCGAGCUGGCGUACUACUCAAAUGCACUGGCCCCGCACUUUGCCCUCAGUUCGAUACUGAUGACAACUUUCCAUUCUCUGCUUGCCAAGUCCCCGGAUGCAGCGGCCGUAUCUCGCAAGAAGCUGAUUGAAGCGUCACUGGAGAACUCCCAGAUUUAUCGGUACGAGUUCAUACUGAACAAACCGACACAAGUAUUGGAGCACUUGCUGGAGAAGAAUCUGGACGAUCUGUUGUUCCGCGAUUACCUUCGAUUGCCAGAAGAGGAUAAGGACAUACCGUUUGAAGACAUCCGUAAAGCUAGAAAGCUUGCAAAGCAUUUGGACCUCGACGAUGAUGAGGACCAUCUCAGUGGGGAUAACAACGAGAAUGACGAUGACGAUGGCGGUCCCCAGCUGCUAUACAGAAACGAAACACUUCAGCAGCAACGCAACAUAUGCGAGGUGCUUGCUCCCUUUGCCUGUACAUACUUGACGGUGGCCCAAGCCCUGCAAAUACUUCACCGCAACUCCAUGCUCGAGUCUGAGUUUAUUAACUUUGUGAUCUACGAAUUGUCCGCCAAAGUGAAGCGCGGAAGCUGCAUCUAUGCUGAAAGCAUAUCAACGGAUUCCGUGCGCAACUGUCUGAAGCUUUUAGAGAAAUGGUCUGUGAUUGAGGUAUGCAACCAGCAGGGUAUGCGCCUGAUCUCUCUCAACACGCUGUACGAGAUGUCUCGGGAGAGUCUCAACACGAUUGUCAAGAAGAUAGGCGCCAUUGUGCCAAAAUUAAAUGAUGGCUACUUUAGGAUCAACAACCCUUAACAAACGAAUGGUUUUGAUUUAUUUUUGGCACUCGACUCGCUCGACGUUUCUUUUGCUCCACCUCCACCGUGUGGUGUGGUGUGUAUAGUGUAAGUAUGUAUAUCCCACUUAAAAUUAAAGUGCAUACUCCUAGGAUCUUACGACUAAAAUAUGUCUAGUUUUAUAGUCAUACGAGAGUUAUACGAUAUAUAUAUAUGUAUGUAUACCAAAGUGCUCAGCUUUAAACCGUAGCUAAGCGACAAAACAACCAACGAAAUAUAUGAACAAAUUCAUUUACAUCAUUUUUAAUAUGCAUAAAGCGAAACAAAAAACUAAAAAAAUGAACAGAAAUUAAUCUACACUAUACUGAACUGAUUGAUUAAACCUUUAUAAUUUUUUAUGUUAGACAAAUAGAACACUUAAAAACAUUA